AUGAAGGCCGAGGAGCUCCAGAACCUCCCCACCGCCCUGAGCGGCGACUUCAAGUCCAUCGAGCCGCACCUGCGCGCCUUCGACAAGCACAUGACCCUGCGCACCUUCGUCGAGGGCUACUCUCUCGGAGAUGUCGAGACCAAGAUCUGGCAGACGCUAAAGUCCAACAAGGCUGCUAUGGGCUUCAUCCGCAAAGGAACUUUGGCUAACCUGACCCGCUGGUUCACCUUCAUCGAGACCAGCUUCCCCGAGAUCCAGGCCGAGACCAAGGCCGCCGAUGCCGCUCGCAAGGCCAAGGUCGCCGCCGCCUCCAAGGCCGGCGCCAGCUACUCCCUCGCCCUCCAGAACGCCGAGCAGGGCGUCGUCACCCGUUUCCUGCCCGAGCCCUCAGGAUACCUCCACAUCGGCCACGCCAAGGCCGCCCUCCUGAGCGACUACUUCGCCCACGAGGCCUACAAGGGCCAGCUCCGCCUGCGUCUCGACGACACCAACCCCGCCAAGGAGAGCGAGGAGUUCCAAGAUGCCAUCAUCGAGGACCUCGCCAUGAUGGGCAUCACCCCCGACGCCGUCUCCUACACCUCCGACUACUUCGACUACCUCUACGAGACCUGCGUCCGCCUCAUCAAGGAGGGCCACGCGUACGCCGACGACACCGACCAGGAGACCAUGCGCAACGAGCGCGGCGAGGGUAUCGAGUCCAAGUGCCGCAACCGCUCCGUCGAGGAGAACCUGCGCAUCUUUGAGGAGAUGAAGAACGGCACCCCCGAGGGUCUCAACAACUGCAUCCGCGCAAAGAUCUCCGUCGACAACGUCAACAAGGCCCUGCGCGACCCCGUCAUCUACCGCUGCAACGUCGAGGACAAGCACCACCGCACCGGCAACACCUGGAAGAUCUACCCCAUGUACGACCUCGCCUGCCCCGUCGUCGACUCCAAGGAGGGCGUCACCCACGCCCUGCGCUCCACCGAGUACACCGACCGCAACCCCCUGUACCAAUGGUUCCUCGACACCCUCAAGCUGCGCCAGGUCUACAUGCACGACUUCUCCCGCAUCAACCUCAUCCGCACCUUCCUCUCCAAGCGCAAGCUCGCCAAGAUCGUCAACCAGGGCACCGUCUGGGGCUGGGACGACCCCCGCAUGCCCACCAUCCGCGGUGUCCGCCGUCGCGGCAUGACCAUCCCCGCCCUCCGCGAGUUCAUCAUCAAGCAGGGCCCCUCCCGCAACGUCGUCAACAUGGACUGGAACUCCUUCUGGAACAUCAACAAGAAGGUCAUCGACCCCAUCGCGCCCCGCCACACCGCCAUCCUCGAGAAGGACGCCGUCAAGGUCAAGGUCACCGGUGCCGAGGCCCCCGCCGCGCCCCGCACCGAGGACAAGCCCAAGCACCCCAAGAACCCGGACGUCGGCACCAAGAAGGUCGUCUUCUCCAACGAGCUCAUCCUCGACCAGGCCGACGCCAAGAGCUUCAAGAAGGACGAGGAGAUCACCCUCAUGGGCUGGGGCAACGCUUUCGUCCGCGACAUCGCCGCCGGCGAGAUUAUCCCCGAGCUCAACCUCGAGCUCAAUCUCAAGGGCGACUUCAAGACGACCGACAAGAAGGUCACCUGGCUCUCGACGCAGGGCACCAAGCUCGUCAAGGCCGAGCUGUGGGAGUUUGACUAUCUCAUCAAGAAGGACAAGCUCGAGGAGGACGACAUCCUGGAGGAGGCGCUCAACCCCGUCACGUCAUCCAUGGAGGUGGCGCUGUGCGACGCCGGUGUUGGUGAGCUGAAGAAGGACGACAUCAUCCAGCUGGAGAGACGGGGCUUCUUCCGCGUGGAUAAGGGUCUGGACGAGGGUGACAAGGUUGUGCUGUUUGCCAUCCCUACUGGCAAGUCGAAGUAA